UUUAGUCAAUUCACAAAAUUCCCUUUCACUUUCAUGAGUAUAUAUGAAUUCAUAAACAAACAAAUAUAUGCAUAUCAUACAAAAGUGUGAAUAUAUAUAUAUACAUAUAUAUAAAUAUAGUAUUUAACAAAAUGGAUAACAGCAUGGAAGAGAAAUGGAUAAAACACUACAGCAGCAGGCAGAAGAUACUUUUGGUUGGAGAAGGGGAUUUCUCAUUUUCUGCAUGUUUAGCUACUGCUUUUGGCUCUGCAACCAACAUGGUUGCUACUUCUCUCGAUAGUAAAGAUGCUUUGUUUAAGAAAUACCGGUCGAAGAGAAGCUACCAAAAACACUUGAAAGAAUUAGAGAAUAGGGGGUGUUUAGUAUUGCAUGAAGUGGACGCAAAAAACAUGAACCAACAUCCAAUCCUCAAAUCCAUGAAAUUUGAUAUUAUCAUUUACAACUUUCCACAUGCAGGACAUUUUAGAGUGAGUGAGGGCAACAAAUUUGUCAUUUUGUUGCACAAGAAAUUGCUGAAAGCAUUCUUUGAAAAUGCAAGGGAGAUGCUGAAUGAAGGUGGUGAAGUGCAUGUUGCACACAGGGAUGAUCACCCCUACAAAAAAUGGAAGUUGGAAGAGGUUGGUUCAGAAGCAGGUUUAUGUUUGAAAGAGAAAGUGGUAUUUUCCAAGUCUGACUAUCCAGGCUACAACAAUGUCAGAGGCGGUCUCAUCAGAAGCAGCCAAACCUUUCCCCUCAAAGAAUGCUUCACUUUCAAAUUUUGUCUCGGACACAAAAUUCAAAUUUCCAUUUCCUAAUAUCUGGUUUUACAUUUUGGAAAUUACGCGCUUCAUUAACCAUCUCAUAUAUAUCAAAAAUUAAUUAUAUGUACAUCCCUAUUUCAAUUUAGCUGAAAUGAACGAAUUAUGAAGAUAUAUAUAUAAACAUGUACUUGCUGAUCUCGGUUGCAAAGAAUGUUGUAUAAAUUUGAUAUAUCUUUCUAAU